AAAGAAGUUCAGUUCCAGCAGUCUGUCUCAGUCUUUCCACGCGAUAAACAAAUGCUGCUUAGUAAAUGAAAGAAAUGUGUCAGCAUGACUGUUUGGGCUUAAACGGUAAGAAAUGUGUAAAAUUACAGAAGAAAAAAAUCAGCUCCUUGGACAGGCUUUCCUGUAAUUAUAAACUAAACUCGCAGAAAAUGUUCUUUUACUGUGACAAAAACAGAAAUCUCUGAUUACAGUCAAUAGUGAAAAAACUUAUGAAAACACAUAUAAAAGUCCAGAAAUGUAAGCUCUCCGUCACAUUUACUAAAGCAGUGGGCCGGACUGGAGUCUUUGCUCCCUCCCCCGGGCCUUAUGUUUGACACCUCUGGUCUAAGGAACGGAGAUGGUGCAAAGCCAGGAUCCACAUCCAACAGGCUGGACUUCCCACUCGCAUCAGGAUCUCCUCUAAUAAACGCUGGGCUCUUUUUUUAUUGGGGUCCAGGCGGGACCUUUUUUUUCUGCCAGUGCUUCAGUGUAACUGAGCCUCUCUCUGGCUGCUGCAUCAGACCGUCUCAGCGCUCAGUCGGGGUUUUACGCACACGUCGCGUGAGAAAUGAGCACCAGAGAAUCCUCUAUGCUGUCUUCUCGUCAUAGACACAAAGCAGCAGGUGUGACACUCACAAACUGUUAGAACAUUUCAAAUUAUUUGGCAAUUAUUCCUCCUGGCGACGCCGUGGAUGUGUAGUGCCAAAAAACAAAAAAUGUCUCUGCAGUUUUCCUGGUGGCGCGCCUGUUCCUCGCCUUCAGCGCCAGGAUCGUGGAGCGUUUGCGUGCCGCUGGCUUUCCAGCACCUCCAACUAUUUGCUGGAUUUUAACAGAGCAAAGUAACCUGUGAACAAUCAAAUCUGUUUUUACGAACAAAAGUCACUUUUGUUCUCAGAAGCAUUAUUUAAGAACGCAAAGGAAACUUGGUUUUUGUUUUUCGGUGGAUGCGCACUUGGGCACAGCAAAAUCCUGAGAAGAAACGCGGAGAUGCCCCACAGAGUCCACGUCCUGCUGCUGCUGCUGCUGCUGUCGCUGUGUCGGCCGGCAGCAGCGAACCGCGUGAGAAAGCAGACCGUCAGGACGCGGUCCUGUCCGGACUUGCCGGAGGAGAUUUUGGAGGAGAUUUUUGGACGGCUCUCGGUGGGAGUGAUGAGCGCUUUCCAUCACGCUCUGCAGCUGGAGCCGCAGGACAAACUUAACCUCACCUGCCCCACCACCGCACGGAUCCCGACCGACGGCAAGACCCGCCUCCCGGUCAACCUGCUCAGCAUCUCCCCCUGGGCCUACAGGAUCUCAUACAACCCAAAAAGAUAUCCCCGCUACAUCCCCGAGGCCUACUGCCUGUGCAAGGGCUGCCUGAUCGGACCGUACGGUGAGGAGAGCAGUCAGUACCGCAGCACCCUGGUCUACGCUCCCUCCGUCAUCCUGAGGAGAACGGGCUCCUGCGUCGGCGGCCACCACUCUUACAAGGAGAUCUACGUCUCCAUAGCCGUGGGGUGCACCUGUGUGCCGCUGCUGGAGAAGAGGCCGAAGAAGAGCAACCAGAGCCUGCAGAGAAGAGAGCCUAAAGCCAGAAAGCCCUUCACUCCAAGAAAGGAAGCAUGACGGAAGCAGGACUGCUGCUGCACAGGUUUUUUUUACAGCUGAUUCGCUCGUGCUAGAACAUUUGAACCAGUUUAAGGGAUUAUGUCUGAAAUGGAAGCCCCAGAAAAUGUA